GGCGCUCUCACUCAGAAAGGCCGCUGGGUGCGGGGAGCGCAGAGGCGGUGCAGGGCGGCUGGCUCGCCUCGGCGUGCAGUGCGCGUGCGUGGAGCUGGGCGCUAGGUCCUCGGAGUGGGUCGGAGAUGGCGGCGACCGACGGGGCUUUGCCGGAGGCGGCGGCUUUAGAGCAACCCGCGGAGCUGCCUGCCACGGUGCGGGCGAGUAUCGAGCGGAAGCGGCAGCGGGCACUGAUGCUGCGCCAGGCCCGGCUGGCUGCCCGGCCCUACUCGGCGACGGCGGCUGCGGCUACUGGAGGUUUGGGCCGCGUCCGCGCUUGCCCCUUCCCUCUCCCCGCCUCCCCGGUCCCCAGACUGGCUCGUGCGAGCCGAGUCCCGGGGCCCGGGGGUCGCGUCAACUCCUCUGGCGUCUGUGUGCAGAUUCUCCCCCAGUCGGAGAGGGAAUCCGGCCCAGCCGCCUUGUCAAAGCGUCCUGUCCACGACCACAGAGCGUUCCGCGGUCGCAUCCGGGCCUCCUGACCACCAGCCCCGUGCCUUCUUCGCUGCACCUCGGCUGCUCAGCUUCGAUUUUUCGUUUAGGGAUGCAGCCGCCCCCGCCGGGAGGUGUCAGCUACUGCCAGGUGUCAGGGCCUCAGCUGUCCCGGAAAGAGGAGUUAGACUAGUUCUUGAUUGUGGCCUAUAUAGCUAGAACUAGUUGAUGGAAGAGGCAGAUCUUGGUGUUUGUUAGGGAGAGCUUUCAACAAUUAGAGUUGCCAAAAGUGCAAUGGAUUGCUUCUCAUGAGCUUCCCGUUACUAGAAGCGCUCAAAUAGGAACUGGAAGAACGCUUACUUAUGUGGAGGAGAGGAGAUUCAGCAAUCAGAAUCUCCUAUUCAGCAAUCAGAAGAAGGGACUGGAUAGUAAACCUUUAAGAUUCUAAUCCAUAGAUUCCAUGAGUCUAUUUCUUGGACACGUGACCUCUGCGAUUUCUUGGCAAAAACUAGAUGCUCAAAACAUGUUUAUUGAUUGAAGUAAAUUAAGGACUGAUCUCUCAUUGCAGAUUAUUCUCUUAUAGAAUUUGCCACUGGGGUCAACUAAUAAUAUUUUCCAGGAUACUUAAAAUGUAGUUUGGUUGACAGGCAGUUCUUCAGGACUACCUCUAUAACAUGAAGUACAUGUGUUCCUAAAGCUCUAUACUGCCCUUUGUCGAGCACAGUUUAGAGCUGUAUUACUCUUUUUUUAUCAGCCAGAUGUAGUGAGAGUGAGAAGAGUUUGAGGCUGGCAGCAUGUCUUGAUAUUCAUACUAACACCGAAACUGCAAAUUCCAGCUACUUUUGAUGGUACUGGUCUCAUCCUUUCUACUUUAUAGUGGUUACCUUUUAUUCCUUUCUAAACUUGAGGCACGCUAGAGUCAGACAAAAAGUUCAUUUGCACUGAUUAAUUCAUAGUCAUGAUUCCAUAAAGGUUUCCAGAUCUACGACAUGGCUGUGGAACGGAAGGUGCAAAAUAGCAAAAACUGACAUUAAAUUAAACGUUUGAUCGUGGAAAGCAAGGUAGAAUGAACAUUCUUUAAGAUUUCUUAGGCAGUUCCCCAAGAACUGAACUGUAUUGUAGCAUUGUGUACAACCCACCAUGUUUCAAGAGUUAGGCAUGGCUAAUGUAAAAGCAGCCCCAAAGAUAAUUGACACAGGAGGAGGCUUCAUUUUAGAAGAGGAAGAAGAAGAAGAACAAAAAAUUGGAAAAGUUGUUCAUGAACCAGGACCUGUUAUGGAAUUUGAUUAUGUAAUAUGUGAAGAAUGUGGGAAAGAAUUUAUGGAUUCUUAUCUUAUGAACCACUUUGAUUUGCCAACUUGUGAUAACUGCAGAGAUGCUGAUGAUAAACACAAGCUUAUAACCAAAACAGAGGCAAAACAAGAAUAUCUUCUGAAAGACUGUGAUUUAGAAAAAAGAGAGCCACCUCUUAAAUUUAUUGUGAAGAAGAAUCCACAUCAUUCACAAUGGGGUGAUAUGAAACUCUACUUAAAGUUACAGAUUGUGAAGAGGUCUCUUGAAGUUUGGGGUAGUCAAGAAGCAUUAGAAGAAGCAAAGGAAGUCCGACAGGAAAACCGAGAAAAAAUGAAACAGAAGAAAUUUGAUAAAAAAGUAAAAGAAUUGCGGCGAGCAGUAAGAAGCAGCGUGUGGAAAAGGGAGACGAUUGUUCAUCAACAUGAGUAUGGACCAGAAGAAAACCUAGAAGAUGACAUGUACCGGAAGACUUGUACUAUGUGUGGCCACGAACUGACAUAUGAAAAAAUGUGAUUUUUAGUUCAGUGACCUGUUUUAUAGAAUUUUAUAUUUAAAUAAAGGAAAUUUAGAUUGGUCCUUUUCAAAAUUCAAAAAAAAAAAAAAACACGCAACAUCUUCAUAGAUGAAUGAAACCCUUGUAUAAGUAAUACUUCAGUAAUAAUUAUGUAUGUUAUGGCUUGAAAACAAGUUUCAGUGAAGGUCACCUGGCCUGGUUGUGUGCAGAAUGUCAUGUCUGUGAUUGCUUUCUUACAACAGAGAUGGGAGCUGAGUGCUAGAGUAGGUACAGAAGUGGUAGGUCAGCUACAAAUUUGAGGACAAGAUACCAAGGCAAACCCUAGAUUGGGGUAGAGGGAAAAGGGUUCAACAAAGGCCGAACUGGAUUCUUAACCAAUAAACAAAUAGCAAUGGUGGUGUACCACUGUACCCCAGGUUCUAGUCAUGUGUUUUUUUAGGACGAUUUCUGUCUCCACAAUGGUGGAAACAGUGGGGAAGUACUGCUGGAAAAAGCCCUAAUAGCAGAAAUAAACAUUGAGUUGUACAAGUCUGA